CGGGCCGGUCUUUUAAAAAGGCGACUAGCGAACUGUGUCGCUUGUCCUAUGACGCGAAAGGAACCACGACUAUAAGGAUCGGAAGACGGGAAGGGCUGGAAGACGCGGUACUUGAUCCUCUAUAUUGGGAAUUGAAUCGAGAAUGGAAACUGAAAGAGGAAACCAAGAAAAAGCAAUGGAAGAAGAAAGCACUGAAAAGAAAAAGGAAGUAGAAAAAAAGAAAAGAUCUCGAGUUAAACAGGUGCUUGCAGAUAUUGCAAAGCAAGUAGACUUCUGGUUUGGGGAUGCAAAUCUUCACAAGGACCGAUUUCUUCGAGAACAGAUAGAAAAAUCUAGAGAUGGAUAUGUUGAUAUAUCACUUCUGGUGUCCUUCAACAAAAUGAAAAAAUUAACUACUGAUGGGAAGUUAAUAGCCAGAGCUUUGAAAAGUUCAGCUGUUGUAGAGCUGGAUUUAGAAGGCACCAGAAUCAGAAGGAAAAAGCCCCUGGGUGAAAGACCAAAGGAUGAGGAUGAGCGGACAGUGUAUGUGGAGUUACUUCCUAAAAAUGUUAAUCACAGCUGGAUUGAAAGAGUAUUUGGGAAAUGUGGCAAUGUUGUUUACAUAAGUAUACCACAUUAUAAGUCUACUGGAGAUCCAAAGGGAUUUGCCUUUGUGGAAUUUGAAACAAAAGAACAAGCAGCAAAAGCUAUUGAGUUUCUUAACAACCCACCAGAAGAAGCACCGAGAAAACCUGGCGUAUUUCCUAAGACAGUAAAAAAUAAACCCAUUCCUUCCUUAAGAGCAGCUGAAGAAAAGAAAAAGAAAAAGAAGAAAAAAGGCCGAAUGAAGAAAGAAGACAUCCAGGUGAAAGAGUUAAAUAUCGACUCAAGCAAUGUGAGUGUCUGUAAAAUGAAAAGAUCGAGAACCACAUCUGAGAGUUCUGAAGUAGAAACUUCUGAGCCCCAAAAGCAAUCCUCCAAGAAAAAGAAAAAAAGAGAAAAAGUUGAAGUAUCUAGCUUACCCGAGGUCAGAACAGCGAAGAGGAAGAGAAGCAGCUCUGAAGAUGCAGAAGCCCUAACUCCCAGAUCAAAAGUAAAGAAAAUGGCUCAGAAAGACACCGUUCAAAAAGAAGCUUCAAAAGUUUCGAAAGAAAAUAGAGGUAAGGACUGGAGAAAGAAAGUUAUGUUGCAUCCAUUUUACCGCCACACUUUACCUUGCUGUUUGGUUUUUAUUUCUCAAGAUUUAGAAGUCUCUACUGAAGAGGAAAAGGAUACUGGAGACAUGAAAGAUAGCUCUCUCUUAAAAGCAAAAAGGAAACAUAAGAAAAAACAUAAAGAGAGACAUAAAAUGGGAGAAGAAGUUAUACCAUUAAGAGUACUGUCAAAGAGUGAAUGGAUGGAUUUGAAAAAAGAGUAUUUAGCACUGCAAAAAGCCAGCAUGGCUUCUUUGAAAAAAACAAUAUCCCAAAUAAAAUCGGAGUCAGAAAUUGAAACAGAUGGUGGGGUACCUCCUAAUUCUGGAACAAAAGAUGAAAAAACCAACAGUAAAGAAUGUCCCCCCCAGGAGAAAGUGAAUACAAAUACGAUGGGACCACAAUUUGUAAGUGGAGUGAUUGUGAAGAUUGUUAGCACUGAGCCUCUACCUGGCAGGAAACAAGUCCGGGAUACUUUGGCGGCCAUCUCAGAAGUUGUUUACGUUGAUUUGCUAGAAGGAGAUACAGAAUGCCAUGCUAGAUUUAAAACUCCUGAGGAUGCUCAAGCAGUAAUAAGUGCACAUACGGAAAUUAAAAGGAAGCACUGCUGGAAAAUUGAGAUCCUUUCUGGUGAUCAUGAACAAAGGUACUGGCAGAAGAUUUUGGUUGAUAGACAGGCCAAACUUAAUCAGCCUCGGGAAAAGAAAAGAGGCACUGAAAAGUUAAUCACCAAAGCAGAAAAGAUUCGACUGGCAAAGACUCAACAAGCAAGUAAACACAUAAGAUUUUCUCAAUAUGAUUAAAAAAAAUUUCAGUUCACCCCUCAAUAUUUCACUGAAUACUUGAGCUGUUCUUAAGUUCAUUUGUAUUGUGAUAGUACUGCAUAAUGAAUGUUUUUAAAAAACCUACAUUUAAUUAAAAGAAAUACCUUUGUAACAAAAAACACUGUAUCCCCUAAAGCUGUUGAAAUAAAUAAAAAUUAAUAAAAAAUACUUUUGUUCUUCAACUUGUAAGUAAAACCUUUUUCUAGAGACAAGUAC